ACUAAACAAUCCAUCUUCACAUUUCAUUUCCCCUUCUCCUCUUCCAAAACUCCAAUUUCCCCAAAAUCAUGGCCUCCCCAACACUCAUAACCCCUUGUACUUCCAAAUCUCAGAGCCCUUUCAUACCUCUCAAACCCAAAUCCACCAUUUCCGCUGCCGUAACAACCCCCACCGUCCGCCGCCGCGAGUUCCUUUCUUUGACCGCCUCUGUUCUAGCGCCGUCGUUCGUUCUGUUCCCUCAAUCUCCGGCACUGGCGGCUUCGGACGACGAGUACGUGAAGGAUACCAAUGAGGUGAUUGGUAAGGUGAGAACGACGAUCACAAUGGACAGAAAUGACCCGAAUGUGGCAGCAGCGGUGGCGGAUCUUCGAGAAAGUUCGAAUUUUUGGGUGGCUAAGUAUAGGAAGGAGAAAGCUCUAUUGGGAAGAGCUUCGUUUAGGGAUAUGUAUUCGGCAUUGAACGCUGUGUCGGGGCAUUAUAUUAGCUUCGGACCGACUGCGCCGAUACCGGCAAAGAGGAAGGCAAGGAUUUUGGAAGAGAUGGACACUGCGGAGAAAGCUCUAUUAAGAGGGAGAUGAAAAUUUAUGUGAGGCUUUUUCAUUCUUUUGCUCUUUGUAUUUUUAUUUAAUUUUUUCUUCCCAAGUAUUGGAGUUUAACGUUUAUGGGUUAUGUAAGUAUAGAAUUUGGGGAUUCACAAUUUGUGAAUUUACAAGAGGAAAAUAUUCUAAAUUUAUCUAAGAUUAAUAGAGACCGGACUUUAUAUCUUGAUUA